GUCUUGUGCUGAGCCCUGGCCGUCCUGCUUGACAUCAUCUGGCCUCGUAUCGCUGCCGCCUGCACUUGUCCCGUCUCUCUGCGUUGGCGAUCGAACUUUUCCCCUCUGAUAACUGCCUGAACCCCAUGGCCUCGGCUCUCCGCUAGCCCGUGAUCUUCAAUCUCCUCACGAUAUAACUCUCCCCAGGCCCGGUCGCGUGCAGCCUGGUGCCCAUGUCUGCUGCCGUCUCGGGCCACGCGCAGUCUGACCCCUCCGCUGGAUCCGGAUCAACUUACUCUCGCCCUACAUCGACGCAGUUCGAUCUACAAUCACCUCAGUCGCAGAUGGAAGAACUACAGUCAAGGCCGUCCCUCAGCCCAACAACAGGCGGCGCAAAUGAAAGGUUCGCCAUGGGCCCGACACAGGCGACCACCGCCAACGAUGCGUCGACCCAGGGUCACUCUCAAGACGGCUGUGGAGCAGGGAAAGAGGUCAAUAAGCGGAGCGUGGACUACCUAGUACGGAGUGGAGUUGCGGGGGUCUGGCGGGGUGCCAAAACCGUUGUCGCACCUCUCGACCGCGUCAAGAUCCUGUUCCAGGCCUCAAAUCCACAGUUCGCCAAAUACAGCGGUAGCUGGUCCGGCCUCGUACUGGCAGUCCGAGAUAUCAACCAGUACGAGGGCCUUCGGGGCCUCUUCAAAGGCCAUUCAGCCACCCUACUCCGUAUCUUCCCCUACGCCGCCAUCAAGUUUCUCGCCUACGAGCAGAUCCGAGCCGCCGUCAUCCCGUCGCGCGACAAAGAAACCGCCUUCCGCAGGCUUAUUUCCGGCAGCAUGGCCGGAAUCACAUCGGUGUUUUUCACGUAUCCGCUCGAGUUGAUCCGAGUGCGAUUAGCGUUCGAGACGAAACGGACGUCCCGCUCCUCGCUGCGCGAUAUCUUCCGCCAGAUUUAUAACGAACGGGUUGCGCCGCCGUCCACACCCACCGGAGCGUCGGCCACGAAAGCCCCAGUGACGGCCACAGCGGAAGGUGUCUCUUCAGCCGUGACCAAGGCAGUUCCCAGCUCCGGAUUCGCAAACUUCUACCGCGGCUUUGGACCAACACUCCUUGGAAUGCUCCCCUACGCGGGAAUCUCCUUCCUGACACACGACACCGUCGGCGACUGGCUGCGGUUACCGGCAGUCUCGGCGUACACGACCAUCCCCGAAUCCGAAGCCUCGAGCGAGAAGAAGGGCUCGCGACGGCCUCAACUAACCGCCGCGGCGGAGCUCUUCUCCGGCGCUGUUGCCGGGCUGCUAUCGCAGACCUCGUCAUACCCACUCGAAGUAAUGCGACGGCGCAUGCAAGUCGGCGGCGUCGUCGGCGACGGCCACCGACUCGGCCUCCUCGAGACGGCCCGUUCGAUCUGGUUCGAGCGCGGGUUCCGCGGAUUCUGGGUCGGGUUGACGAUCGGAUACAUCAAGGUGAUCCCGAUGUCAGCGACGGCGUUUUUCGUCUACGAACGUCUCAAGUGGUCGCUGAGCAUAUAGCGUGACUGUUCCGUCAUGUUCCGUCAUGUUUUGUUCUGUCAUUCUCUUCUAUCUUUUGUUGUCUUUGGUUCCAUCUUCUAGAUCAGAGCUGGCGUCGCUGGGGUUCGGGUUCCGAUACCUGCAUUUUUGUUCAUACCCAUUCUUUGCAUGAAUGAGGGCCAGGGCUCUCGUGUAUGGGUUCCGGAGUGUUGUAUAUACAUAGAGCUAAACCGAUGAGUGUGUGUGUAGAGUGUACAUUGGCCGUUU